AUGAGCCGGUCAUCGCUCAGAGAUGCUGCUUCGAUAGCAUCUACGAUCUGCAAGAUCGCCAAAGGUGUGGUCUUGUCACCCAAUGGCUCCAAUCCGGCCGCGAAGAGCGCACCGCUGCGACCAUGGCCAACGCAGGUGGUGGCGAAGUCAUCAGCGCCGGAACCCUCGGAUGUAGCCAGUGGCUCAAAAUCUCACGGUAUCGGUGACCAGAACGAAGCGUCCACCUCCGGAUCGGAUGUGGUGCCGCUUCCGACCAGGCCUUGGCCCAGCAAGAGCGGCAGAGUCAACGAGACCUUGACGCCGCAAGUACCAUUAAGCUCUUCCGCCGAAAGCGCAGAUUCGCUCCAAGAGUCCUCUGGGGAGCCGGUCUCUGCAGCGAUACCAUUCGAGCCGCCCAAGCCGACGCCAAUACCAAGACAGCAUGCCGCUCCUGCGGCCACAUUCAUCAAGAAUGACAGCGAGUUUAAAGAGUCGGCUGCACCAUCGCACGCUUCGCCAGCUGGCACACAGCCUCCGCUGCUGAAAAGAGAUGCGAAGUCUGUCCCGGAGAUGGAUCUUAAGACGACCUUGAUGCAGGCUCCAUCACAUACCCAAGAUACCUCAACACCAGUCGACCAAACCGCAGCAUCCGCCGACAGCCUCGACAAACCACCAAUACCCGCCGCAGAAUCGUCAUUCAACGACUUUCAAGAGUACGACGCCGUCAGAGAAUCAAAGCACGUGCCUCUGCGAGCAGCCAAGGUGCCAUCGUCACGUCUCGGACGUCUCUUUCACUACGGCGGUCUUGGUGCUGGCUUGGCCUUCGGAGCCGCCGGGUCCCUUCUUCGAGGCGCAUCUCCUGCAGGCGUAGACGGACAAGCUUCGAGCAGCCCGUUCAUGUCGGAGCAGAACGUGGCUCGGCUAGUAGACAAGCUCUCGACGAUGAGAGGUGCAGCUCUCAAGCUCGGUCAAUUUCUUUCGAUACAAGAGACCAAGCUGCUACCACCGCAGAUCGAGCAAGUGUUGCUUCGCGUGCAGAACAGCGCAAAUUACAUGCCAGUGUGGCAGAUGAACAAGGUCAUGAGCCAGGAGCUCGGUGGCUCGGAUUGGCGAGAACGACACUUCAAAGAGUUCGACGACAUCCCCUUCGCCAGUGCUUCGAUCGGUCAGGUGCAUUCUGCCGUGCUGCGAGACGAUCACCCAGAUCCGCAGUUGGCAGGCAAACAGGUGGCUGUCAAGGUGCAGUUCCCAGGUGUGUUGGAGUCGAUCGAUUCCGACCUCUCGUAUUUGCGCUGGCUCGUAUCGGCGUCGGCGUUGCUUCCUAAGGGUCUCUUCCUCGAGAACACGCUGCGAGUGCUGGGCAGAGAGCUCAAGGACGAGUGCGACUACGAGCGCGAAGCCGAGAUGGGCCGUCGCUUUGGUGCCAUCCUGCAGGAUUCCACCGAGUUUGAGGUACCAACGGUGGUCGACAGUCUCUGCACAGGUAAAGUGCUCACCACCGAAAUGAUGCGCGGCCGACCGCUCAGUCAGGCGUCUCGCUACCCGCAGGCCACACGAGACCGCAUCGCCCAGUCCAUUCUCCAUCUCUCGCUUUCGGAACUUUUCCGCUUCCGCCUCAUGCAGACCGAUCCGAACUGGUCAAACUUCCUCUACAACGAGCGCACAGGCAAGAUCCAGCUUAUCGACUUUGGAGCUACGCGCGAGUACUCGAAGGAGUUCAUGGACAAGUGGCUCCAGAUGCUGCAAGCCGCGAUUGCGGGCAACUACGAUGAGUGUCUUGCGUGGUCUAGGAAAGUCGGCUAUUUGACGGGAGAGGAGAGUGAAGGGAUGGAAAAGGCGCAUGUCGACUCGAUGAUUGCUCUCGGGGAACCUUUCCGCCCCGAUGCGCCGGAUCCGUAUCCGUUCGAGCACCAGACCAUCACAGAUCGUGUCAAGGCUCAGAUCCCGCUCAUGCUCCGCGAACGUUUGACGCCACCACCGCAGGAAACCUACAGCUUGAAUCGCAAGCUCAGUGGUGCUUUCCUGCUCUGUGCGCGUCUCAAGGCUCACGUCAGCUGCCGCAAACUCUUCGAGGCCAUUGAAUCAGACUAUAAGCUUGGGCCUGCCGCUGAAGCUGGAAACAUGGGGUCUUCUGUAGAUGCCGGUCGAGCAAACAGCCCGUUCGGAUCACCCGAGCAACGGAGACAAUUUCACAGCGCCUUUCGAGCAGCGCAACUGCAACAAGAUCGCCGUGGGGGACGCAGAUAUGGACGAAAUCUCGCUGAUCGUUUCCCACGAUCCAAGGUCGUUCUGUCGAGCGAAAACAUCGAUCCCUCAACCGGCUCUACCAAAGUCGGCGACGAAGUCGAAUCGCUAGCUUCGAAUCCAACAGGCUCAACGUCGAUCCAAGAGACGCCUGCCAACACGAUUGAGAUUGAAAGUAAAUCCGGUGUUGAUCUCACAAGAGGAGCUACGCCCGCCGAAGUGACAACCCCCUCGACAGCCGACUCGGCUUCCGAGGUCAAGCCCGCAGGUGCUCCAUCAGAGACGAGCAUGGGACCAACAGUGGUUCGCGGGAUCGUGAUCCCACUCAAACCUCCACCUCCAGGACCGGAGGAAUGCUGCAUGUCCGGUUGCGCUCACUGCGCCUACGACAUCUACGCCGAAGACCUCGAAGACUUUCACUCGCGGCUCUCGUCCGUUCGCACUCAGCUGACGCAGCUCUCACCACCAGUGACGCGACAAGAGUGGCGCCAAGAUCUGCUGGGAGACUAUCCCUCUUCGGACGGCAGUGCGGGGUCGAAGGAGGAUAUGAAGGAACGAGCGCAACGCGAGGUGGAUCGCGUCAUCAGCGAUUUGGAUCCCACGAUGAAGGCGUUUCUCGAGAUGGAGCGCAAGCUGAAGAAGCAGGAGAGGCAGAAGACUGUCUAG